CAUGACGGGUCUGCAGCCGGUAAAGAAGUUCACGCCGUUCUCCGUCGAGGCCCUGCUCGCGGACGUGGUGAGCAGCGGGCCCCGUGACGUGCAGGAGGCCCAAGUGACGAGCUCGUCGAGCAGCAACUCGGAGCCCGACUUGUGCCUGCCGCCCGAGCAAGCGCUCCACUGGGGCGCCGCCUGGUUCGCGCGCUCGCCGACCACCCCCGGACUCGACGUGCCCGGCCCGUGCAAGCUGCCCACAGCCGUCAAGUGCCAGCUCCGCAAGCACAAGAGCAACCGCAAGCCCCGCACACCGUUCACGACGCAGCAGCUGCUGUCGCUCGAGCGCAAGUUCCGCGCCAAGCAGUACCUGUCCAUCGCCGAGCGGGCCGAGUUCUCGUCGUCCCUGAGCCUGACCGAGACCCAGGUGAAGAUCUGGUUCCAGAACCGACGCGCCAAGGAGAAGCGGCUCAAGGAGGCCGAGAUCGAGCGGCUCCGCAUGGCCACGCGGCCGCCCGUGCUGCCCUUCUUCGGACCCUUCGGACCCCUGUGCACCGCCUCGUCCAUGCCCGUCUUCACGCCCGCCGUGUUUGCGCCGCCCGAGCGCCAUCCGCCGCCCUAGCACGGGCCCCCGCUGUGUAAAUAGACCU